UGUAUUUGUGGAAAGAAGACUGCAAGCUAGAUCCAUGUCUUCUGUUUCAGAAUCUUACCCAUCUGACAGUAGCAGAUUGCCAUAAAAUAGAGAUGAACAUAAUAACAUCUUCAAUUGCCAGAAGUUUGCUACAAUUGAGGGAAAUGAGUAUCUGUAGAUGCGAUAUGAUAAUAGAAGUAGUAGAAGAUGAGAGAGAUGUAGCAAAAGAUGAGAUUGAUUUCCCCAAAUUGAAGUUGCUGUCACUCUAUGAUUUAGAAAAUCUCAUGUGCUUCUACUCUGGGAAUUGCAUUUUAAAAUUCCCAUCUUUAGAAGAAUUACAAAUGAAGAACUGCCUCAAUAUGAAGACUUUCUCUCAAGGAGUCUUGAGCACACCAAAGUUACAGAAGGUAGUAAGGGGAAGAUAUUUGGAAGAAAAGUGGUGGAAGGGUGAUCUUAAUUCAACUAUACAACAAUUAUACCAAGAAAAGGGUAACUUUUAUCAGAAGGCAUCGACAUUAUUUGGAAAGGACAUCAAGCAAAUAUGCCGAGGCCAAAUUCCAGAUGAACCUGAGGUUGAUCAAGUGAAAGCUCUUGAGAUCUUUAAAGACGAAUCAAGAAGCAUUCCAGUUGAAAUCCUUGAGACGUUUCACAACCUUAAAAGCCUUAAACUAAAAGCAAGUUCAUACAAAGAGUUGUUCUCAUGUGGAAAUGAUGAUAAAUGUGUUGGGACAUUCCCAGAGUUAAAAUUUCUGCAAGUCCUUAUUUGUCACAAUUUGAUCACUCUACUGCCAUCUUCUACAUCGUUUGAAAAUUUAAUCUCUCUGGAAGUACAAUAUUGUAAUGGAUUGAGGAGCUUAUUGACAUCAUCAACAGCAAAAAGUCUGGUGCGACUCCAACAAAUGACAAUAAAACAAUGUGAAAUGCUCACAGAAGUUGUAGCAAAUGGGGGAGAUGUAGAAAAAGUUGUAGUUUUCCGGAAACUGGAGAGUUUGUCACUUGAUUGUUUAGAAAAUCUCACAAGCUUCUGCCCUGGGAAUUACACUUUUAAAUUCCUGUCUUUGAAGAGAUUAUCUGUGGAUAAUUGCCCCAAGAUGGAGACUUUCUCUGGAGGAGUUUUAAGCACACCGAAGUUGCAGGAGGUAGUAAAGAACGGGUUAGAUCUUUAUGGGUGUUGGGAUUAUUGUCUCAAUACAACCAUAAAACAAUCACAAAAAAUGGUACGUAAUUAUUUACUUAGAAAGUCUGUGUUUUUUGUUUUUGUUGAUUUGAUUAACUUCACAUCUAACCACCGGAAUUUUUAAUUGUACUUACUAAAAAUCUAAAAUAAUGGUUGUAGACUGAACACUUGUCAACCCCAUGGCCUAGUCUUUAAUUUUUUCUUUAA